AUGGAAACGUAUCUCGACAAGGCAAAUCCAGCCGGCAUCUCGGUUUGCACCUGGGGCGUUGAAACGUGGGAGAAAUUGCACGGCGAAGGGCGGGCACUUACGAAGCAUACGUUUCAUAUUGGAUUCUGCCUCAUUGACGGCGGCCACUACUCCUGUGUCCUCGCCCAUACGGUUCAAGGUCAGCGUGCCGUCGAAGGCACCAUUGUUAACUGGAGUGCCGACAAGCCGACUCCGAGAGAAGUCCUCGAGUUCUACAAGAACGCUCAACUCUCAGUGCCGGACCGACAGGACUUUCAGCCCAGAGAAUAUGCCAUGGGACCGUCCGGCUUCAUCCACGCCGGGGUAUCGUUGGUAACCGUUGAUUCCGCGCUCGUCGAGGGGGCGGGGGACGGGGGGCCGGGGCCGGCGCAGGGGGGAUGCAUGUUGCAGGUGGCGAACGGGUCCCCUGCCUUGCUCCGCUUCGCAUCCUUUGACGCCUUCUCGAUUCCCUAUUUGGCGGUCUACUUUUUUGCGUCAGGAGGGGUCUCGACUGCCGGUUUGCGCCCGGUUACCGUUGCCGGUUACUCGAUCAAGAAGGAGCAGGAGAGAGCAGCCAUCCUCCCCCGGAACCCGGGACUCAUCCGGGCCAGUUAUCGAUUGGGCUCAAAGUGCCGCCCACUACGCUAG